AUGGAUUCUUUGCUAGCUACGUAUGCAUCUUCAGAUGAAGAUGAAGAUCAACAACAACCACGUAAACAGAAUCAAGCAAGCCAAUCAAACUUCCCUUCGCAACCCGCAACCAAAUUUGGGGAAAACUUCUUAUCUUCUCUCCCAACACCAAAAUCCCAACUUUCAAACCCUCCCCCACAGACCCUAACAACUUCGAAACCCAAGAAGGUUGCACAGCCACAAUCCGGAUUCAAUUCAUCAUCCUCCGCCUCUUUAUUUUCUUCACUUCCUCAACCAAAAACCGAAAGAUCUGACCCGUUUUCUCUGGGGCCUAAACCUAAAAAAGUUGUUCAGUUUCGGCCACCUGUAAUGAGCAAAGUUGUUGAUGACGACGACGACGACGAAGACGAUGAUAAGGAAGAACAAACGAAAAAGGAUAGUUCCAUACCUGAAGCGCCCUCUGUCAAGUCAUUUUUGUCGAGUAUCCCUGCGCCAAGGAACUCGGGUUCACUUGGAGCUUUACCCUCCUCCGCCGGCAUGGGUCGAAGAUCGAUCUUGGAAUCUGAAGUUCCAGCAUUAUCAAAUUCAAAAGUUGUAAAGGACACUGUUAAUAAAGCCAGUGAUAAUCAGGUGAAGCAUCAUAAUAACAGUUCUCUCGCUACUGAUAGCUCUUCCAAUGUGAAUUUGUCUGUUGAUGAGAGUUAUGUAAACCACGAUAAUACCUACAGUGGAUAUGCGAAUUCUAAUUCAAAUGAGAAUGCAGUUACAACAACUGCAGAUUAUGCGAGCUAUGAUUACAGCAAUAAUGGAGGGUAUGCGUAUGAGAAUGUUCAAACGGAUCAUUCAAGCUACGGCCUAGCUCCUCCAACAAGUGAAGAUCCUGCAAACUAUAAUAGUUACGAGGGUUACAGUGAUUAUGGGAACUAUGCGCAGUAUGAAAGCAAGUGGAUUGAUCGAUCAAGUGGAGAUAUGCAGCCAGAAAUUUCAGAAGCAGCCGCUAUACAAAAUAUGACGAGGGUUCCUGGCAAGAGAGGUAGGAAUGAGAUUCCGCAUGAGAUAAUUGAGGUUAGUCAGGAUGAACUGAUGAAGAAUCGACCACGAGAAGACCAAGUCAAAUCAACUGGAAUAGCUUUUGGGCCCUCAUAUCAGGUAGUUGGUUAUAUUUUCUUGGUCUCAUAG